UUCUGUGUCGUUUCAUUUUGUUUCCGAGCUCGAAAGAGAAAACCGAAACUGUGAAGGUUUAGGAACUAGGAAGAGAGCGAGCGACGGCAGCCUGUCUCUGUUAUUUAACACCCGUUGGCCGUAGCGAUCAAACAGUUGGCGAAAGUCUGAAACUUGUCUCCAAAUCCCAAGCUUCAAACCUGACUAGCUGAAUCUCUCUAGUGAUUGACGACGGCGACGAUGAUGAGAAAGAGGGAAAGGGAGAACCCAUGUGGGGUUUGCGGGCACUACCACAAGUACGAAGAAGGUGAGGUCUGCGGGAUUUGCGGCCACCGGAUGCCGGAUUCCUCCGCCGACAAACCGUCUGUUCACAUCAGCGCUUUCCCUUCUGAGAUCCUCCCGGAGUUUCUCUAUCUGGGCAGCUACGACAACGCUUCAAGGUCCGAGCUUCUCAAAACCCAGGGGAUUUCUCGGAUUCUCAAUACAGUGCCUGCUUGUCAAAAUCUUUACAAGAACUCCUUCACCUAUCAUUGCCUCCAAGAUGACAAAACUUUGCAGUUUGAUGAAGCCAUACAAAUUUUAGAGCAAUGUGAGAAGGAAAAGGCUCGUAUUCUUGUGCACUGCAUGUCAGGAAAGAGUAGGUCUCCAGCAAUCGUAAUAGCUUACUUGAUGAAGUCCAAGGGAUGGAGACUUGCUCAAAGUUACCAGUGGGUGAAAGAACGAAGACCUACUGUUGAAUUGACUGAAGGGGUAAACCAGCAACUACAGGAGUACGAGCAGAGGCUACUCUCGUCAGCAGACACCACCAAUCCUGGGAUUCCAGCCUUCCCACCAUCUGGCUCGCCAUCUUUUAGCUUUGGAUUUCCGAAAGUCAACAACGAUCCAGCACCAUCACCAGCUGCUACCUUUCCUGCUUUCAAUCCCCCAGGGGCCACCUCAAUUUUCUCUCGCCCUCUGGACAUUCCUCCGCAGGAGUUCCAGUUUGGGGCUGGCCUUCCUCAGGGGAACCCGAAAAGCCCUAGCAGCGGAGAUGUUACGAUGGAUACGUGAAAGAGAAAAAUUAGGGCUCUGUGAACAAUGUUUAGUAGAAGCUGGAUUUGGUACUGUAAAAGGAGUUCUGUACUGCCAAGUAUGGAUUCUUUGGGAGUUCUUGAGUUGUACUUGUCACUUUUCUUGUUUCUAUACAUAGUAAUUCAUUGAGUGG